AUGUUUAAAAGAACUUUUGUAUCAAAAUCAUCUACUUACAUAGAAAUUGAAGAUACUGAUUUUCAUUACCGUUACGAUGAAGAUGUCGUAAUUAUCUGGUGUCCUAAUGAUCAAAUGGCUAUUUUUAUACAUCGAGAAAUGAAAUUAACGACAAAACAACGACUGAUUAAAAGGUUGGAGAAGAAGAAAAGAUGCUAUUAUAAGAAAUUAACAAAUCUUUUCAAGAAGAAUAGUCAAAAAGAGGCUGAUGAUGACAUGGAUUUUUGGUGUUGUGGCUAA